ACGAUGGAGGAAGAGAGGGGGAGGGGAGAGAGAAAGAAAGUGAGAAAGAGAGAGAAAGAAAAAGAGAGAAUGAGAGAAUGAGAGAGAGGGGGAGACGGACACCUGCAAAGUUUGUGAAGAAACUCUCUUUUCUCAUCAAUAUCGAGCGAUAUCAUCACAAGAUGUCACGGAGUACACACACACACAUGUACAGACACACGAGGAGAAAGAAGAAAGCAACACAGGCACUGAGCACACGGUGCCACUUGUAAGUUUGUGAAAAAAAAUUUCUACCUCUUAGUACAAAAUAUUAUUCGAAAGGUGGAAGGAAAUAAAACAAUUUCUUGCAAACCAAGCCACUGGCAAAUUCUGUUUUCCAUUACAAGAUUGUAAAAAGUGAACAAGGAAAAAGAGAGAAAAAAACCCCAACAGCAACAACAACACAAAAAAACUUAACCCAACAAACAGGGAAGCAAGAAAGAAAGGAAAAGAAUUGCAAUAAAAAGCCCCCCGGAAAAUAAACAUCACUGCCAUUUUGAUUGAAGAUGGCUGACACAGAAAGUUUGGUAACAGAUACUACGUCAAGCCCUUUAUUAGAUAAAAAAACGGAAGAACAUGGUUUAGUAACAGAAAGCUCUCAAGAUGCUCAAUUAGGUCGUAGUUCGGUGGAAAAUAAUGUUGAAGGGGAAAAUAAUAAAAUUGCCAGUGAACUUCAAGUUCCUGAAGCGCUGGAUUGUAAAUCGCCAUCUGUCGUUUCUGAAAAACCAUCUUUGAAUUUAUGGACAACAAACAAAGAAGUUAUCAGAAUCGAUCAGCUUCAAAAAUUGAAGAGAAUCCAGCUAUAUGAUUGGCCGAAGAAUUGGGACUUUCUCCUUGAUAAAUACAAGUCUCUAUCGGAAGAAAUGGCAGUUAUCAAAGACAAUAAAGAUCGUAUACAGCAACAAAUCGACAAACUGAAGAAUAUCUCUGUCCCCGAAGAUAAUAAAGAACGAAAGGCGCUCAAUUCUGGUCCAAUACCCAAAACAGCUUCUGGAAUGAUAGGAUGGAAAUCAGGACAAGAGUAUCUAAAGACUCAAUAUCCAGCGUAUUUGUGGGAACGACACUAUAAAGUAGCAUUUGAAAAGCAACUUGGAUGGCCAAAAGAUCCUUACCCGUGAUUUUAGAUAAUUUGAUAAAUGUUAUAUCGUAAAUAUAUUAUGUAU